AUGGCACGGGUAGCAGCAUUAGGUGAAGCCGACGGAGCAAGCGCCGCCGCCGCCGUUGCCGCGGUGCGGGUGAGCAGGGGCGCCCCGGGGACGUGGAGGCGGGUGCGGAGGGCGGCGCAGGAGGCGGCGGCGCACGCGCUGCUGCUCUGCUUCACCGUCCUCCUCGCCCUCAAGCUCGACGGCAUUUUCUUCUCCCGCUCCUGGUGGGUGCUUUUCAUCCCGUUGUGGUUAUUCCAUGCUGUUGUUGCUCGGUAUAGAUUCACAUUGCCUUCUCCAGCAUUGCCUCAAAGUUACCAGCGGAUUCCAUGCCAUUCCAUUGUUGCCACACCUUUGCUAGUUGCGUUUGAGCUGCUUCUCUGUAUUUUCCUGGAAGGUCACGGUGAAUCUUUUCUGGAUUUAAAGCUCGUAUUCCUUCCACUCUUGGCCUUGGAAAUCAUUACGCUGGUUGACAAUUUUAGGACGUUUGGUGCUCUAAUGCCUGGACAUGGGGAAACAAUCACUGAUGAAGAGAUUUGGGAGAGGCUUCCUCACUUCUGGAUAGCCAUUUCCAUGGUAUUUCUACUAGCGGCUACUUCACUCAUGCUUCUUAAAUUAUGCGGUGAUGCAGUUACUCUGGGGUGGUGGGAUUUAUUCAUUAACUUUGGAAUAUCCCAGUGCUUUGCUUUUCUUGUCUGCGCAAGGUGGUCCAAUCCCAUGGAUAUUGGUGGCCCUGUACUGAUAAUUCCUAUCCUGAUUUUUCAAGUUCUUCUAUGUAUGCGCUUAGAGGGUACUCCUUCUAAUGCACGAUUUAUCCCAGUUCGAGCUAUUUUCUCACCUAUACUUCUGCUACAAGUGGUCACUGCAAUUAUUGCUGUUUGGAGAUUCUUUGAAAGGCUUGUUGUUAAAUUACAAGAUGGCAUUACAAGUGAAAGAUAUAUUUCUAUCUCAUCAAAGAUUGAUGAGUUGUUUAUGCUGGUACAACAUGGUUCAAGGCUCAUUGCGUGGUCCAUUGAUGAACAUAGCAAAGAGGAAGAAGCCCAUUUAUGCUAUACAAAUAACAUUGGGUAUAGUACAUUUUGCAGUUAUCCACCAGAGAUGGUAAAAGAGAUGCCGAAGAAACUUCUUGUCAAAGAGGUACAGAGACUUCAGUUAGCAUUAGGAGAGCAAAGCAAAGUGGCAAAGCUUAGCCAACAGCGGUGUGAGAGGCUAAAGAAUGAACGGAUCUUAUGUCGAAUUUGCUUCGAGUGGGACAUCUGCAUUGUUCUGCUUCCAUGCCGCCAUCAUGUUCUAUGCGAACCCUGCUCUAACAAGUGCCAGUCAUGCCCGAUUUGUCGAGUGCCUAUUGAGAGCAAGUUACCCGUUAAUGAUGCAGCAAGUUCAGCUGAUCCGUUAAGUGACAUAGUUUAGAAGUUCACAUGUCGACAGUAGUUCUACAAUAGCAACUUCUAGAGUCAGCAAAGACAGAGCACACUGAUUCCGAGCAGAGGUAGACAAACUAUUUUGGAUUUUUGGCCAUGAAAUUCAAAGGGGAAGGCAGACUAUGUCUCGUGUCAGAAUGUAGCCCAAGUAUAUGAAGAGCCGUGCCACACAAUUUCUCUUCAGUGAUAUGACAGGAUGGAAGUGCCUGAGUUUUUGGAUUCUCGCCCAUAUAUGGCGCCAACAUGAAUAACCACUCGAAUCACUUAACCUGCCCAGUUCUUCAAACAGCUAACAUGGGACAUGAGGUUGUUUAACUGCUGUUCUUUAGAGUCGAAACAUCUUAUUCUACUUUGACAAGUUCAACAGUUCGUGCAGCUAUGUUGUGACAUGUAUGCUACCUGGCUAGUUCUUCAAAAAUAGUGCUGCUUAAUACUAGCUUACAAGGGACUUCAGGUUUAUAACUGUUUUUUAGUGUUGAGAAAACGGUUCAUCCCUACCUUGACAAGUUUGUCGGUUCUCGUUCUAGAGUGUAGAUACACAUUUUGUAAACAACCAUCUUUUGCUAUACCUUCAUUGUACAUUUAUAGAUGAGGCAAUGCAAUCAUGUCUAACAUCUGCUA